UGGUGAGCGCUCGUCCGCCCCGGGGCCGGAACCGACGGAGCCCGCGAUGCUGAGGUGCCUGCACCCCUGGUGGCUGAGCCGUGGCUGGACAGGACUGCCCCUCCUGAAGCGACAUCUGUUCACCAUGAAGCUGCAGUCCCCGGAGUUCCAGUCACUGUUCACCGAAGGGCUGAAGAGCCUCACGGAAUUAUUUGUCAAAGAAAAUCAUGAGUUGCGAAUAGCAGGCGGCGCCGUGCGGGACCUGCUGAGCGGGGUGAAGCCGCAGGACGUGGACUUUGCCACCACUGCCACCCCCGAGCAGAUGAAGGGGAUGUUCCAGGCGGCCGGCAUCCGCAUGAUCAACAACAAGGGAGAGAAGCACGGGACCGUCACAGCCAGGCUUGAUAAAGAAAAUUUUGAGAUUACCACACUACGAAUUGAUGUCGUCACCGAUGGGAGACACGCAGAGGUGGAAUUCACAACUGACUGGCAGAGAGACGCGGAGCGCAGAGACCUCACCAUAAAUUCUAUGUUCUUAGGCUUUGAUGGUACUUUAUAUGACUACUUCAAUGGUUAUGAAGACUUAAAAAACAAGAAAGUGAGAUUUGUUGGACAUGCUAAAAAGAGGAUACAAGAAGAUUAUCUUAGAAUUUUAAGGUAUUUCAGGUUUUACGGGAAGAUCGUAGACAAACCAGGGGACCACGACCCGGAGACUUUGGAGGCAAUUGCAGCGAACGCCAGAGGCCUGGCCGGGGUGUCAGGGGAGAGGAUUUGGGUAGAACUGAAAAAGAUUCUCCUUGGAAGUCAUGUCAAUCAUUUGGUUCACCUCAUCUACGACCUCGACGUGGCUCCUUACAUAGGUUUACCUAUUAAUGCAAGUUUAGAAGAAUUUGACAAAGUCAGUCAAAAUGUUGAAGGUUUUUCGCCAAAGCCAAUGACUCUCUUGGCCUCACUAUUCAAAGUACAGGAUGAUGUCACAAAAUUGGAUUUGAGGUUGAAGAUUUCAAAGGAAGAGAAGAACCUUGGUUUGUUUUUAGUUAAAUACAGGAAAGACUUAACGAAAGCAGCAGACAGUGCGGAACCUCUGAAACCCUAUCAAGACUUCAUCAUCGAUUGCAGGGAGCCCGACGCCACGGCGCGAGUCUGGGAGCUGCUGAAGUAUCAGGGCCAGCACGGCCUCCUGGGGGACCUGCAGCAGUGGUCCGUGCCCACGUUCCCUGUGAGUGGCCACGACAUCAGGAAGGUGGGCAUCUCCUCCGGAAAGGAGAUCGGGGCGCUGCUGCAGCAGCUGCGGGACCAGUGGAAGAAGAGCGGCUACCAGAUGGAGAAGGACGAGCUGCUGAGCUACGUGAAGAAGACCUGAGCGCGAGGGCCGCUGCCCGCAGCCGGAACGAGUGAGGCCGCCGGCCCCUCCCCCCUGCGGGGACUCGGACUCGCGUGUCUGGGGCAAGGGCCUCGGGGGAGAAGAGAGCACGUCCCACUCCUGGUGUGACUGGACCGGGCACCGCACU